AAUCACAAAUUAACCAUACAAAUUGUUCAACACCAAUCUAGAAAACUCAAUAAAAUUGAAGCAAAUCAUAAAUUAUCCAUAAACAACAAGAUUAAUUGAAAGCUUCUUCCUCUUUGUCAAUUAAGCUUCUUCACGCUCCACUCCAGGGGGCGGAGAUAGCAUGUAAUUAGGGUGUUCCAUGGCACACCCUUGGAUUGAGACUAGAACAUCAAAAAAUAGGAGUAUUAGUUAUACUAUAGUUAGGAUUUGAACAUGGAACCCCCUUAUUAUUAGCUUUGGCAUCUUCCAUUAAACAACAAUUACUUACAUGAUACACCAAUACGUUUUAUUAUAUAUAUAUAUAAUUAUAAUUAAUUUACCGUUUACAAAUAAUAAGUAAAUUAAAUUAAAAAACCCCAUAAUUGUAUCUUUAUUCAAGCAGCAGUCGGAACUUUAGUAGGAUGGUUUCUACAAAAAUGCAUAUGAAAUUUCCAUCUGUUUAUCUUCUUGUGAAGUUAGCAUUGUUUCUAGCAGUAGCUACUACAAGUGUUGAAAGAAUAUUUUCUGCAAUGAACUACGUAAAGAACACUAUUCGGAGUCCAAUGAGUGAUGAUAUCAUGAAUAAUUUUCUUUGAUAGGAUACAUUCUCAGUGACAUUCUUGAUAGUCUGGAUGAUGAAUGUAUUUUACAAACUUUUCAAAAUAUGAGAACCCAUCCUGAAUCACUAUAAAAAUUGAUAGUCAUUUUAAUUUUUUAAGCUGGCACCCCCUUACCCAAAAUCCUGGCUACGCCACUGCUCCACUCGAUAAUAUCAACUUCAUUCUAGACAAUUAGAAAGGAAAAAUUAGUCAUGUCUCCACAAAAAUAAAGAAGAUUAGUUGUUUAGAAUAUUAAAUAUACCGAGAAAAUUAAUUAUAUGGGUGUUGGCGGGUAACCAUGGGAGCGGGGAGAUAUGCGAUUCUGGGAACCUUGGACGUGUUGGAGAGUCGAACCCCAAGUCCGAGGAGGAGCUAGGCCGUUUGACAUAAAAUGUUGAUGGCGACAAGAGGGAAGGAUCAGCUGGAAAGAUACGUACCUCGAUUUGGGUAAGACUGGGGAUUAAUUACCCGUCGUAGGCGGUCUACACAGAGACGAGGCAUACUUAGUGCGCUUGACAUAGCAUUUAAUGUCUUACCCACUAACUAACUAGGUAUAAAACUCCAUGAGAGCAUUAAUGGUAAACUCAACUAUUCUCUUUCUUUAAACCUGACACAUUCUCUCUUCCUUCUCUCUAACUUAAUCUUCAGAGAGUGUCCUCUGCAACCGCCCACUGAACCUUGUUUUGCAGGGUUUAGGAGUGCAUCCCCUUACCAAGAACAUGCGUCUCCCUCGUGUUCUACACUAACCGCUUAGUACUUUCUAGGCUUAAACAAAUACUAACUAAAAUAAUAAAAUAGAUGAGUCUAUAAUUCCCUAAUUCCCCAUGAUAACUCGUCUCAUAACACUUUGCUUAUAUCGAUCUUACUAAUACACGAAGAAAGAAAGCUCAAAUGAACUUUCUUUAUUCUCUAAAAAAAACUGAACAUUCUUUAGAUCUAGUAUGUUGGACUUAGUGCUCCAACAGGCAAAGAACAACGACGAAAGAUGCCUCCUGCAGCAACAGAUUCAGCACAUCCCUGCCUCCAUUGCGUGGAAACCACCCCGGGAGGGCUGGAUACAAAUUCAAACGGAUGGGUCUGUUCUUCCAAGCUUAGGAGUUGCAUCAGCAGGGGGACUUAUCCGGGACCACUUGGGGAGAUGUCUUGAUGCGUUCGUCUGCAACUUGGGGAGCUUCACGAUCACCAUGGCAGAGCUGAAAGGGGCAGAGAUCGGACUCCUUCGAGCUUGGGAGAAAGGCUUCCGCAGAGUAGAGCUAAGGCUGGAUUCUUCGACUGCUAUCAGCAUCAUUAAGAAUCACAAAAGACAUUGAUCAUAGACAUGGUUUGAUUGUUGCUAGGAUUGGAAGACUUUUUUAUUUUGAUUGGGAAGUGUCUGUGUCCCAUGUUUAUAGAGAAGGCAACUUCGCAGCCGAUUACUUGGCUUGCAAGGGCCAUGAUGCCCCUUUUGGUACACAUUCCUUUGAUGUGUACGAUCCGGUUCUGUGUAGCUGGAUCUUGUAUGAUACUAUGAAAAUCUCCAUAGAUCGUUCUAUUAUUAAUACGAAUUAGGACGCUUUGACGUCCGUCUUCCUAAAAAAAAAUGCUGGACUUA